AUGCUCCGCAGCGUGUCAUACAAAUACAAUGAACAAUUGAAACAAGACUCUUUCAGAAUCUUCACGCUUUACCCCGGAGAAGAAAGUGAUGAGCUCCGUGGUACUCUGCAGACACAUCCACUCAAUGCAGCUCCGAAGUAUGAAGCGCUCAGCUACGUAUGGGGCCCUCUCGAUCGAACCAAGUCAAUCACAUGCAACGGACAAGACUUCAACAUCACCGAUAGUCUCGACAUAGCCCUGAGACGGCUCAGGCUCCCUGAAAAACCACGUCAUGUAUGGAUCGAUCAAAUAUGCAUAGACCAAGACUCCGUAACAGAGCGCUCAGAGCAGGUCAGCAUCAUGAGGCAUAUCUACUCCAAUGCAGAAUUAGUCAACGCAUGGCUUGGCCCUGCUGACCCAGAGGUAGUAGCUUCUGCAGCUGGUAUCAUUUCAACCCUGGCAAUCCCAAAACCCAGUCUUUUCGAAAAAGACUACUUUCCCGAGGAUAACGAACUGUUAGACCUCGGUCUACCAACACGAGCCUCACCCGCUUGGGAUGCCUUAAAUACAAUGUUCAACGUACCAUACUUCUCCAGAGUCUGGAUUAUACAAGAAGUCGCCGUCGCGUCUGACUUCGCACUGCUAUGGGGAGACAUCGCCAUUUCUAAACAUGAGUUCCAGACUUUCAGAUUAGCAGCUCUCGCCCACAAACUAUCCGACUUUGACCUUGAAAAAGGCUCACCGCAGCUGGAGUGGAACACAGUCGCUCUUUUAUAUAUGGGGCAUUACAAAGUUGGGGAAGCCAAUCUCUUGCAGCUAGUCUCUUCUGUAUCAACAACUCAUGCAACAGACCCACGCGACAAGAUAUUUGCAUUGAUCGGACUUGCUGGCGAUCGGUUUUAUGACACUGUGCCAAACUAUAACAAGAGUGAAGCGGAAGUCUUUGCAGAUUUUGCUCGUGCAGUGAUAAGAUCGGAAACUAACUUGAAUGUUCUCGAUUACUCUUAUGUAGAGAACCCCGAGUGCCCAGAACGGCUGCCACUUUGGGCACCGAGAUGGCACUCUGAUGAUUAUUCACAUAAUCACCAUUUGAACAAGUACAACUUCACUGCCUCGCGAGAUGCACCGAUGGUGCUAGGCCCACCUUUGAGCGACAGGGUGCUGAGCUUGAGAGGUCUCCAGGUCGAUUUAAUCAGAGAGAUGCAUGAUAGGACGGCGGAAAUACAGCAAGACUUCCCCGCUGCUGUUGACAUGAUCACUAAUAAUGUUAAUGUCUUCAACAAAAGAUACGGCUCGGAAAUUAUCAGAACGGUCCUGCUGACAAUGAUGGCCGGCCAUGAGAACUCCGGACCUAUGAUCGACCAGAAAAUAAGACGCCCAAUAGACGAUGAAUAUCUCAAGAACUUUAUAACCUUUUUCUUGCUCUCCACAAUUCAGGCAUACGUGUCUCAAGACGGCAGAAAAUUCGAUCAGAGGAAAUAUUUCGAGCUCGUGAGGCUCGCCGCGAAAGCUAUUCCUCUACCAGUAGAGCCAUGCUGGACAUCACCCGAGGAUUUCGAGUUGAUGGAACGGAUGCUCAGGGUUCUGCAUCCACAUGAUCCGAGGGUUGUGUCGGCUGAUUUGGAUAUGCUCAGCAGGAUUGACUGUGAUUUGAUGAUGGGGCCGCGGCGGUUUGGGGAGGCAGUUCGAGCUUCUAAUGGUAGUAGGAUGUUCAUCACGGAAACGGGAUAUGUUGGGUUUGGACCGCGCUGUAUGAGGCCUGGAGAUGUUGUUUGCGUUCUGUUUGGAGGCGGAACACAGUAUGUCGUACGGCCAACAGCGGCUGCAGAUGAAUAUUUAUUUCUUGGGUCAGCUUAUGUAUAUGGGCUCAUGGACGGCGAGGCUGUUGAUGCUUGGGAGAAUGAUAAGGGGGCUAAAGAUCGGGAGAAGCUGUUCCCGCUCUUGUAG